AUGCCGUUCCCAGACCGCAGACAUUUAUCGCCCCCGCCACACCUUCCAGAUUUUCCCUCCGAAGUCAUCCGCCGUAUCAUCUACUUUCGCCUAUCCCUCCCCCCGUCCUUUCCAUCUCCCGUCGCCGCCCAUCAUGAGACCGCGGAGAUCCAACCGUCCUGGGACUGCUGGGCAGGCGCCAAAGGCCGAGAGGUAGACUGCAAGCUCAUCAAGGCUCGCAAAGACAUCAGCAAGACCGCUCUGGGGCUGUUGUUCGUGUGCAAAGCUUGGAAGCCCGUGGUACUCGAGUACCUCUAUGCAUCGCCUCAUAUAACAGACAAUCUCACUCUACUCGCCCAAGCCAUCUUGCGCGGCGACGCCAAGUGGUCAGAUAUCAACAUUCACAAAUUUUCCCUUCCGGGUCGAUACCUGACAACCCUUGAUCUCUCGCAUCUGCCGCCGGAAUUUGACCGGUAUGCCCCAGGACCUAUUGCCACACGACAGGGAGUACUAUCCAUAUUCCCCCUGCUACCCAAUGUGGUGCAUCUAAAGCUGGGCGAGAAGGACUGUCGCAGGGUGGUACCUUUGGAAGAGAUUGGUUAUUCAGCUUUUGCGUCAAAGUUGCAAUCGCUUGAAGGGGUAUGGGUUGAUGAACGAGAGAGAGGCGGGGUGGAUCUUGUGCGAUUACUUCGACGGUUGCCGAGCCUACAAGCUCUCAGCGUCUCGGGCCCGGGUAUCGCCGUCGAGCCUUCAGACCUUGACGGCGCCGCCCCCCUAUCGCUUCCAAAACUCCACAGCCUCAAAUUGGAGGGCAUCCCCUCCGGCUUCUUCAUCUCCUCCCUCCUAUCCGCCUCUCUUCCCUCCCUCACCCGCCUGGCGCUCACUCCCACCCCACUACUCCCAAACGACCAAUCCCUCCCCCUCCAGCACUCCCUCUCCUCCCAAAUCCUCUCCCUCUCCUACCUCUCCCCGCGCGGGUGGCCCAAAGCCGACUGGGGUAUCCCCCCCGGAACGCUCACCAUCCAUCCCAACCUCAUCCACCUCGCCGUCCUGGACCAAGACUACGAAGCUCUAGACAUCCUCCUUCGCUCUUCGUCCGCGCAUGAUCAUCCGCUCAAAGCGCUCACUGUGCAAAAAUGGUCCCCAUCCACAUUCCCAUCCCCCACCCUUUCCCUGUCUUCUUCCCCCCCAACAGCACCCUCAUCCAUAUUUCCCCUCUCCCCCCCGCCUUCCCCGCCUUUAGCCGGUUCUUCCUCCCCCUCUCGCAAAUCCGGGCCAGCAUUCCUGCACACUAUCUUAUCCCACCGCUCGCCCGCGCCCAAGGGGUUGAAGACAAUAACGAUAGACGGUUUCAAAUGGCUCAACCCCUCCCUUGGGGUCAUAGCUAUGCAAGCCGGGCAAAUGGGUGAAAUGCGGUAUCAAGCCAAUCUACUAUCCUCUCAGAAAGGGAUUGAAGUGAGGGAUAUGGAAGGGGAAAAGGUGCCUGCUUUGGUGGGUGCUAGUCCUGUGGGUAUGGGUGGAAUGGGGAUGGGUGGGAUGGGUGGGAAAGGGGCAAUGGCGAUUAGGGGAAGGAGGGGGAGUGGUACUGGGCUGCAGGGAAGGUGGAUGAUGAUGAGUCCGCCGAGGGAGGGUGGGUUGAGGGAAAGGUUGCAAGAGAAGGAGGGGUGGGAUGAAGAUGGAGGGUGA